UGGUCGCAGAAAGCGUCAAAGUGAGUGAGCUCUAACAAGCUCUGUGAAGGAGCUUCUUCUUGAAACAAUGGCCGAUCAAACUGCAUUUGCGGUUGAGAUUGGAAGUAGAAACUGUCGGUUUCUGGGAUAAUCAUAUCCAUGUCUGGAAUAAAGCAAUCCUGGAGCUGGAUAGGUUGAUCCCAGUUAAAGAAGUGGCUUAAACAAUCCAUGGACGACAUUGAAAAGAUGAAACCUGUAGAAGAAGGUGAAGCAAUCAGUAGGAGUUACAAAGUAUUUUUAAUAGAUAAUUAGUAAGCUUAAUUAAGCUUUAAUAACUAGUAACGAGCUAAUAGAUUUUAUCUAUUAUAAAUACAAAGUAGACAAAAAUAAAAGACAGGAGAGGAUAUAUGAGAGAAUGUAAGAGACCUGGAGAUUGAUUAUAGAGGAUUAUUGUCGUGUCUUUUGUUUUAAUUCAAGCAGACUUCAACGUUGUAAGUUGUAUUACUCGUUAACUGUCUCGUAGGCAUAUAUAUUGGAGAGUAAAAAGUUAGGGUUUUAGAGCGGAAACGAAGGAGCCGUUACUCAGGGUUUUAGUUAUUUUUUUUGUAACGACCUUCCUAUUAUCAGGGCAUCAUUCAUUUAUUUUAAUAAAUUUUUAAUACAGAGCCAUUGUCAAAAUUAAAAAAAAAAAUCGGUGAUUGGCAUUUAUAAAAUUUUAGACGUGUAAAUAGAUUUCAAAUAAAAAUAGGCAUUUGAAAAUAAGAACUUUAAAUAUAUAAAUAUUUAUCUUUAUUAUAAAGUUAAUUGUGUAUAUUGUAUAAGCAUGGUUUAGUACUAAACAUAAGAGUAACCGUCACUUUUAAGUUAUUGUUUGGUAGCGUUUUAUAGUUAAUGCGGACCAAUUAAUGUUGGAAUAAUAAUUAAUUUAUAAAUGACCCUAUAUUUACUCUGCUUACGGUUACUCCUCACUCAUACUCUCUUUUACUAGUGUUUUUUAAAUUCAUCAGUUUACUAAAUAAGUAAAUACUAAUAAAAUCAUUAUAAAAAAAACUUGUGGACUUGGUAAAAGUCGGCGACUUUGGCGGGUAAAGUAGGUUUCGUGGUUCCACGUGCCUUAGUCUUUGCUUUGCCGCCAAGUUUACUAACCUCUCAGUAACUUGGGCUUGAAUUAGAGAAAUGGGCCACUAAAUGGUGCACAGCAUUGCUUAAUUCCUUUAAAGCCCUUUUAAAAAAAAAAAGAGAAACUAUGAGAAGGGUAAAGAGAUGGGCCUAUAGCUUUACAAGAAGGAUAAAUAGAGAAGAUGGGCUGCACCUGCGAAGUCAAUAGACAGAAGACAACGUUAAAGGUUUUUAGGGUUAGAUAAAUAGAUGCAUAUAUAUAUAUAUACAGUAUAUCUUUCUCCUAUACCUUGUAACGUAAGAUCACGCGGCUAUCUCUCUAAGGUUUCUUGUAAGAGAAGAACAAAGCUUUAUUUAUUGUUCGUUUAGUGUGUGUGGCGGGAGAUCAAAAUCUCAACAUUCUCGGACAGACAUGGAAUAUAGACCUAGCGCAGUGACUAAUGAACGAUCCCCGAUUGAAGAGAGAAUGGCUGUUCUUGUUAUUCGAGUAGGGGAGGUUAAUGGGUUGGUUCUUAAGAGCCCCCUUUACUGGGAAUCUAUAGAAUUCCUUGCGAAAGACGAGGUUUCACGAGGCAUAUUCUAUGCACUUCCAGAUCAAUGUAAGCUGCAUUAUCUAAAACGAAAGAUAAAAGCCUCUAAUACGGAAGAGAGGGAACUUUCUUAUGAACCCCUUUAUGAUUAUUGAUGGAAUUAUGUUUUCCAGUGUCAGGGUUUCAUGUUGUUUUGCUUGACUUUGAUGUUGUGGGAUAUCUUUCAUGUUCAGUGUUUAUUUCUGUGUGCUUGAAUUUUAUAUUUGCUGAAUAACGAACCUGUCUUUAGUUUUACGUUACACAAAAUGUUAUUGUCAUGUAAUAUGAAAUGUUAUUGUAAUGUAACAUGAAAUGUUAUUGUUAUUUCUCUUUAUAUGUGUUUUCAGUAAUGUUUUUCGUGAUAUAUAUGUUUACUUUAUAUCUCUAAACACUACGGCACGGUUCUGAUGGAUGCAUAACCAUUAGUGGAUAAAAUCAAAAGAUCUAAACAUCAUCAGACUAUAUGUAUAAAGACAACAGGCAAUCUAUAACGUACGCUUCCUUGGCAUAUGAGUGAAACUUCUGUUCUAUAAAUCCAAGUUUGGGCUAUACUGAAACAAAGACAUAAGCUUGUGGGAAAACUUAUCCGCUACACUAUUUCAUUCUCCUUGGGCUUAGAGUGAACAAAACAAAUUAUUGCCAAACAUGUAUUAAUUUGUCGAAUAAAAUAGAAAACCUCACUAUUUGAUCUAGAGUGGAUGUUUAAACUGGAUAUAUGUUAGUUUUUGUUCUUUUCCUUUGGUUCACGAAAUCAAACCAUAUUGCCCUAUUCCAGUUCGGUUAUAUUUCGUUAAGUUUUCUCAAAUUGAAAUAUGCAAUUCAUAAACUGUAAAUGACUUUUUAUUAUUUAAAUAGUAACAGAAAAAUUAAUAGUUUAAUAUCAACAAUUUGUGAUUGGCCAUAAUAUUCGGCGUACACUUUCCCAUGAAAGCGUGCACGACGUCUUUUAGAAUCACCCAUUCUCGAAAACGGUAGUAAUAUUGUUAUCUUGCUCAAGAUUUCACUUCAUCAUUAUCUUCUUGCUGUGUGGUUCUCUUUCUUGCUGCCUUUGUCUGAGAGAUCUGUUUGUUCAAGUUAGUUUUUGUUACUCUCCCUAAGUUCGAUUUUUUGAUUCAAUGGUGUGUGCUUGCGUUCCAGUUUAUUCGUUCAGUUUUCUGGUUUCUUUCUUUACUCUCUCUGGUUAGAUUAUUUUAGUUUUCAAAUGUUAUAUCUGUACAUAGCUAAAGAUGUUGAAGUUUCAGCUGGAUUGUUCGUUGACACGUUUCAAAAAGGUUGAUCGAUGUUUGUAUCUUCUGGUUGAUAUGAGUCUGGGUGGUUUGUAAACUGAUGUUUUCUGUUUUGAUAAACAUGCAGAUUUUGCAUCACAACAUGGCAGCUAAAUCUAGCGCAGCGACUAAUGUAAGUAAUCAAAGUGGUGGAACCAAGCCAUCCAUUGAAGAUCAAAUGGCUAAUCUCGUUAAGCGAGUGGGGGAGGUUCAGAGGAUGGUCAUUGCGAGCCCCCUUUACUGGGAAUCAAUAGAACUCCUUGCAAAAGACGAGACUUUACGAGGCGUAUUCUAUGCGAUUCCAGAUGGAUGUAAGCUUCAUUUUCUAAAACGAAAGAUAAGAGCCUCCAACGAGAAAGAGGCUGAACCCUUUUAUGAGAAUCAUAAUAAUGACUCCUGGCAUCUCCGGUCUCCUUCCUAUAAACCUCCUUGGUAGAAUUGUAGUUUUUUUUUUUUCUGUUGUGGAAUAUGUUUCGUGAUCAGUGUUUAUUUCGUUGUGCUUGAAUUUGAUGUUGUCUGGAUUAUGAACUUGGCUUUGGUAGAAUGUAAGAACUAUCUCAUUAGUUUUUCUACAAAAAAAAGAACUAUCUUCAUUGGUGGUUCUUUCAAAUUACUAUUUAUUUUUAAUUUAUUUUAGUAGUAUUACUAAAUUAUAAGUCAUAAAUAAAAUAAAUCAUUAAUAAGAAAGCAUGUCUUGCUAGAGUAUUUAAUGUGUUUCGUUUGAUUAAAUAUCUCACUUUUUCUCUUUUUAAUUGUUUUAACAGAUAUUUAUUUGUUUUAUAUAACAGAUUUAUUGAAAUAAUUGUUAAGGAAACGACCAAUAAAGAUUUUCCAAUAAUAUUAAAGUUAAUAUGUAUGUAUUUUUUUAAUAAUGAUUAGGCCCGUGCGAUGCGCUUUAUCUCAACGACCUAAUCUCCAUUCGUGGCCAUGAUCAUCUUGCUCAUGUAUUAUUUCUUCUUUGUUACCAAUUGCCACAACUACCUUCAUAAUCAUCAACACCAACUUUUUCUUUAAAUGAUUGUUCCUUACUUGACUGACAUACAUAACUAGUAUUGAAUGCGACAGAACAUAUUUGAUUUUGAUCGGACAUGAGUCUAGAGAGGAAACCGUUCAUUGUGUUCGUCAUCUUGGAUAAAUUAUAAAUAGAUCGGAGUCAGACAUAAGUCUUCUCAUCUUAUUUUCUUAAGGCACAAUGGUUUGGUAGCUCAUUUAAACACCAGAAACAAAUUUUUUUCUUUGUGAAAUUAGCCCAUUUUUGAAGAAAUUUUCAUAUAUUUUGUUUAAUCCAAAAAUUCACUUCAACUAAAAGAACUUUAAAAAAAUGCUUGAUAUCAUCUUUCACUUAAUUAUGAUUCCUCACUGUUGUUUUUACAAAUAAAAUUUUGACAUAUGGUCAACUAGAUGUUUUUUCCACACAUAAUUUUAACCAUGUUUACUAUCGUACGAUUAAGAACCAAACCAAAAUUUACUAUUUUCACAAGAAAAAUGCUCAAAGUCUCAAACAUAUCAAAAAGAAAAGAAAAGAAACCCCCCGUAUAGGUUUAUAAUAUUCAAUUUUAAUGUAAAUAUCCUUGAACAUUUCACUGGAAUCAAACCCGUAUGAAACUAUGAAGAAUGUGUAGUAGGCUUGGUAGGUGGCCUUGACCGAAUUGUCGGGUCUACAUUCGUCGUGUGAAUGCGAUAUUGAAACCUUUUUGUUAUCAAUUUUGAGUCAAAAAGUUUAAUUUUUAUAACUUUAAUUCGAUUUCGAUGCACUUUAAUACUGAGGCCUUAAUUGACCAGUCAGACUGAUAAAUCUUGUCAAAAGAUAAAGGAAUAUAAUUACAUAAAUAGUACACUAAGUAGAUAUGUUGCCAAUCUAUAAGAAUAACAAUUAUGAUUACUUUUUAACAACCUAGUUGAAAUUCCAACUGAAACUAUGAAAAAAACUAAAAUGGUGGAAUGCAUGUAAAGACAUUCAUAUUAUAGAUUCCAUGGAUGCGCAAUACAGAUGACCCCUUUUAUGUUUAAAAAAAAAAAGUUAGGAACAACAUGGAACUUUUUUGUGUAUUUUAUGUUCGACUUAUUAGCAAUUCCCACUCGAGUGCUAAUAAAAAACGGGUACAACAUCCCCUAAAUAUGCUUUAAUUGCAUUGAAUAUUAAGAAGGCAAAUCAUGAAAUGUAAAAAUAGAACAUGUUACGAAGAUUAAGAGCACUUGUGGUUAGCAUUCGGAUUCCUUUCAGACGGUUAUUUACAGUACGUGUUCCUAACUUAUUAGUUAUAUUCUAUUAAAAAAAAACUUAUUAGUUAUAUUCAAGAAGAAAACGAGUGAAUAUUUUACUUAUGUUUUUUAAAUUGAAUAUUUUACUUAUAUGAAGGCCAGUUUUAAAAAAAAAAAAAUUUACUUAUAAAACUAAAAAAAACGAGGGAAUUUUUUUACUUUGAACAGACGGGAUGUGUGUAGCUUGCUAGCGGUUAAAGUGAAGUAAACAGAUUUUUUUUUUGACCAGGUGGACUAUUUUUCGUGACUUUAUUCGCUUAAAACGUAAAUUUAUCGCAAAUCAAAUAAUUGAAAACUCUAAAUUUAUCGUAAAGUAAAUAAAUUUCGUCUGCAAGCAUACAAAAACCUGGAAACUCGGAAAUGCGUCAACGUUAUAAACUCUUAACUGACGUGUUUGAUAAAUUGUAGAAAAUAAUAGAAGCAAGUAUUAUGUAUAUGUCAUAUAAGUAGAUACAAACUGAGUCUUUGAAGCAAGUUCUAGUCACAUAUGUUAUUGCAUAAUCUGUAGACAAUGCCACUUUGUUGCUUUUAAGCUACACAGCUCGCAAUAACAUCAAUCAGAUCAUGUAUCGCAAUAUUCUGUCAUCAACAAAAAAAAUUCCACAUUGCAACCUAUACGUAUCCAAAUAAUAUCAGCUAUAUACACAUAUUUUUUUUGGAUACGAAACUGAGAUGUAAUUUCUAUAUCAGAUCUAAUAUAUAAACACUUAUAUUAUUGAAUGCGAAAAUGUAUAAAUUUUAUAUGUAAAUAUAUAAUACAUAUACAUAAUCAAAUAUUUGGAUUUUGUUAGUACGUACACUUAUAGUUGUCUAAUAACCAUGCGGUAAAUAAUUGGAAACAUUAAGAGUUUUAGGUUGUUUUUUUUUUAAAAAAGCAUUCAAAUUAAAAAUAUACAAAAGAUAUGACUUUGAAACCACGAAGUUUUAGAAAGCAAGAUGAGACAAUUCUUAUAUUUCAGGUAAACAUGAACUUAGAAAAAAAGAAACUUGUAGACCAUAAGCUUAGUGAUACAAAAAAAUGAUAAAAGAAAUACUAGGGAGUAUGGUACCCUCGGCUUCGGCGACCUCUAUUACUCUUCUCUUAUAUCGUGUUCCAAUCCAUAUCUUGAUACUUAUGAAUUUAUUGGCCUCCCACCUCUUGAUGUAUUGAAAUUUGCCGUAGCAUCACUCAUUAACCCAUCUUCAUCAUUAUGCACAUUUGGUUGCUCAGUAUGAUUGUGAGAAGGGCUGCCAUGUGUAGGUGUAAAGGCAAAUGAAUUGUCUCCUACUUCCAAAUUGGUUUUGGAAACAAUAAUAGGUCAUGGAAUUUUUUUCCAUAAUAGUAGGUUCAGCUGGAGCAGAAAUGAUACAUGCUAAUGGUGGUGAAGUGGACUGAGAGUUAGAGCCAAUUACAUUUUAAUGAUGUUUUAAGUUUUGAUUCUUGGAGAUAAUUGGCCAAAUAAAGACACAGUUUAUAUUCAUAAAAUUAGUAAAAUACUAGAACGGAUUUUAAAAUGAAGAAACAGACAUUACAUUGUAUAGCUUUGUAACCUACAUAUCUCAUUUCUUCAUUUUUUUUCCUCAACCCUCUUAUCGCACUAAAUUUCUAAUUUACGAUUUCUCUUUCUAAAAUAUUAUGGGGGGAGGGGGAGGAGCGGGUAUUAUAGCAUGUGUAUAUUUUCAGAUUAGUCAAACUUCAAAUAAAAUAUAAAACGAUUACAACAAUAGUGAUAAAUAGUGCAAAAGAACACUUGUGUAAAUGAUCGAAUAACAGGGGAACGUGUAUUAUAUAGUAUGUGUAUAUUUUCAGGUUAGUCAAACUUCAAAUAAAAUAUAUAACGAUUACAAUAAUAAUAAAUAGUGUAAAAGAACACUUGUGUAAAUGAACGAAUAACAGGGGAGGUUAAUAUCACAAUUCAAGAAAAUGUGUUUACCUUCACGCUACAAUUACUGAAAAUAGGUGGUGUCGCCAUCUUUGGAUGUGAAAUGUAAAGAAAGUGGCGUCGGUAUCUUUGAUCUAUUGCGUAUUACUCCCUCUUUUUUUAAAAGAUACAUAUUCUAGACUUUUCACAUAUAUUAAAAAAACUCAUUAAAUAUGCAUUGUUUUUUGUGAAUAACAAUUUUCCAUAACUUUAAGCCAAUAGAAAUUCAAUAAAUACCAUUAAUUUUUUUGAAACUUACAAUUUUUCAUAAAAUCAUACAUUGAAAAAGUAAAAAAUGUAUCUUUUUAAAACAAUUUUUUUUUCCAUAACAUGCAUUUUUUAGGAACGGAGGGAGUAGCAUUGUUAAUCCUUAAAGGCACAAUUUGUUCCUUACCUUCAAACAACAUUCAUUCCUUUAUUAUAACUUUAAUCACACAAUCAAUAUCUUUAAAUAACAUUUAAAUACACACGCAAAACUUACUUUUAGUUAUCAAUACACUCCUGGAAUACAUUAAUUACGAUCGAGGUUACUUUUAAAGAGAUCAUUUGUUUUCUUUCGGUCAGCGAAACAUUUCAUUUGGAUAUGUGGGAAAAAAUUGCUUUAAACUACUUGAUGAUA